AUGGCAGAACCAAUCAUCUCCAACGAACCGAUUUAUUCCAAAAAAGUCUUUGUUAAAUCGAUUCUUAACUUCGUUGUCGAUGAGCCACAACCUUCACUAACUGAAAUUGUGCAUGAUAUUCGACGUAUUCUAGAUGCACAUCAUGUUAUCAAUCAAUGGUAUCUAUUUUGUCUGGAAACAAUCCGUUCUGAGUUUCAACUUUUCGCACAAUUAUCAUCAACAAAAUCAUACUCUUUAAUUAAAUCAAUAUUUAAAGGUCUACAAAAAUAUUCAUUUGUAAACGAUAAAGUUGAUAAAGUAACAGAAGAGAAAUGGCAAGAAUAUCUAUCGAGAUGUGUAUUUUCCUCGUCACGUCUGAAUACCAAUGCAUAA